CCAUGUUAGUGGUCAGCUGAAUAGCCAAGGCGAUUAGAUCGGUCCUCUGAUGGUUCCUGACUUUAGACUGAAUGAUUACGGUUAUUUGUUCGAACGUUUUAACAAAAAGCUGUCAAGUUUAAGAAACCUUUUACCGGAAUCCAUACCUACGUAAAUAUGAAAGCUGCACUAGCGAUUGUGCUGUGUUUUGUCUGUUUAAUACAGGUUUCCGUUGGACAGAGGUUUGUGAUGCGGAACCACGAGUCCCGGUUUGACCCGCGAUUUAGACGUCCAGCUCCCUCCUCAAUCCAGGGAAGUGCAUUGGGAAUGAAUGAAUGGGGCGAUCCGUUCUCCAACCUCCGAAGCGGUCUGAGUAGGGAAGAUCGACAAAUGCUGCGGCUUCUUGACCUUGGUUCCCUUGGGGACAGGGUUAUUAGCAGAAACCGAAAUGCAGGACCCGGAAGUAGGUCAUGGGGUCGUGGAUCGCAAAUCGCCAUAGAAUUUGACAGUAGAGGGCGUUCACAGUCACGCAGUAGUUCUCGGGGUUCCACGAGAUUUGCUGAUUCUGGAUUACGGGGUGACUCACGCAGUUUCAGAACUUCCGGUGGACAGUCCUCAUCAAGAUCAUCUUUCGAUAGCUUCAGUUCGAGGUCUUCUCCAGAUAUAAUUAUGAUCAGUUCCCGUUUGCCGUCAUCUGAUAGGCGAGGGAGAACAGACAACGUGGGUCACUUUAACGAUAUCGGAAUGCCAAGUUCCUCACAACCGGUCGUCGUUCGAGCACGUGACCAAGUUUUGUCUCGAUCCGAGUUCAUACGUAGUUCCCGUCCUUCCCAGGAUGCUCGCUUGAAUACCGACCCUGUCAGUUCUUCGUCACGAAACAUAGCUCCAAGUGCAAGUUGGCAGGAAAUGACUGUUCCACAACUGAACGUAGGAGUCGAUUCUUUUAGCAACAACCACACACCAACUACCUCCAUCUUUAGAGACCAAAACCCACCCACAAAUACAGGCACACGUUCACCGGAUAUACUUAUCCAAACAUCUGCGCAUGUCAAUCCAGGCGGAAGUAAUACCAUGGUAAGCCAGAGUACCACUAGUACAAAUGUUGCAGACAGGGGGUCGCACACUUCAGUUUCAAACAGCCACAUAGUUAGUGCGCAGUCGCCAGCAAGUUCCGCCCUUCAGGACAUUUUAAUGUCGCUCGCGGAGUCCAUUGAUAUUCGUGAUCCCAGGUUUCCCCGCCCAACAGAGGAACCUCUUGAACUGGAGGAAAUGCUCAUGCGCAAAUUGAUGGCGAGAGUUUGAUAGGUCAGUGGUUUAUGACGUCAUAACUCUGAGUUGUAAUAUCGUGAAACUGAAAAAAAAUCGGUUUCAGGGUUACGUACUACCAAACACGUGGUUCCUAUGGAACCAAUUAAAUUGAAUGCUUCAUGUUUACCUCAGAAUUACCAAUGCGUGCAUGCUGGCCAGUUAUCAAAGCAUGGUUAGCUUCACACAAAUUUGAUAGAAAUAUUUUACUUCACAUUUCUAAAAUAAUAUUUGAACCAAUGAUAAGAUUUUUUAUGUAUUGAAAAAUGGGACUCGUUUGAGAAGUUUGGCAAGAAGUAUUAAAAUAUUUCAAAAUAUUCAAGAAAUUCGUGAAUUUUCAAUUUUAGAAUUUAAGGUUUAUGACCAAGAAAGCUUGGCAAGCUUUCAACAAAUAGGCCAAAGACGAAUAGUUAAAAAAAAUAUUCGAGAAAAUCUACGACCAUUUUUAAAUUCUUUGGCAUUAGAUGGUCAAAAAUAUUUCUUAUUCAACUUAAGUUUUGAAUUUCAAUAUUUUUGGAAAAUGCAUUGGUUUAGAAUUUUGCGUUAAGCUGACCUUAGUUUGAACAACUUGUCACAUCUGUUCUUUUAUUUCAUACAUCCUCUGAUUAACGAUGUGUAAAUUACCGGAGUAUUCUCAAGGUAGAAUUCUUUUAAAAUGGAGGUGACUUCAAGGUACAAGGUACCGUACAGCUUUAAAUGUUCGUUUGAUUAUGGAUGUUUCAUGUUUGAGUAAAAUAGAAAUAUUUGUUUUUACAGUUAUUGAUUAAAAUGAUGUAAACAUAUAUAGGUGUGAACGGGUCGAAGUGCUAGUUGGUAGAAUUAUUUAUUUUUCUUGAAAACGGCAAAAAACCUACAGUGUAUUUAUUGAAUACAUUAUAUGUGGGUAGAUUACCUAAAAAGAUAUAAAUGGUAAACAAAUAUUUAAACCUAGAAAUUGAAGCUCGUAGCAUAUUCUCAAGCUUCCAAUACUUGGGAUUUGUCUUUUUUUAUUAUUAUUAGAAAUCUCUAUCAAAGUAACAGCCUGCGAGACUAUCAGUCAUGAUUUUUAAAAAAAUGAAUAAAUAUGAAUUAAUCAACAUCCUUGUGAGAUUUGACUGUGAUCUUACUCCAAGGCAUUAUUCCGUCUUCUCGUAUCGCAGAGGUAUUUGCUCUUGUGAGCAGGUAUUGAUUGUUCCGUCAUUUGUUUGUGAGAGUUACGUCAUCAAUUUUUGAGAAAACGACGU